UACUCACAAUGGUGAACAAAUCUGACACUUUUUGGUGGUCUGCUUUCUUUUCUAUUGUUUUCACUGUUCAUUCUAUAGCAUUUUUUACACCUAAAUGGAUAUCGACCGACACGUGUGAUUCAUGUGGACUGUUUUAUCACUGUUGUCUCAGUGAUGGCCGGUGUGGACUGUAUAACAUAAAUGAAACUGGAACAGAUAUAGUCCCUCCUCCUGUAUUUAACUACCUUCUACCUAUGGAAGCAUUCGCCUUCAGUGUAUAUGUUCUCAAUCUAUGUUUUAUGAUCAUUGCUUGGAAAAAGGAAAGUGUUCGAACACAUGUAUUCGUCGGAAUUCUUGUGUACAUCAUUGUAGCUGUUCUCGCCUUGCUCAGCUUACUUUUAUUGAUUGGCGUCACUGACCCUUCUAAUUUCGGAUACUCUUAUUGGACGGCACUCGUUUCCAGAUUGCCGGUGCUGUUAUUACUGAAAGAAAUUUAUCAUCAAAGAACGGCAGGUGAGGGAGCUGUCAGUGCGGAAGAAGUUCUACUUGUCAAUCAACCCUUGAUGACGUUGUCAAAAGCUUAAAUGUAAUGCAUCAUGAGAAAACCAACAUAGUGCGUUUUCUACCAGCAUGGAUCCAGACCAGUCUGCGCAUCCGCGCAGGUUGGACAGGAUCCAUGCUGUUCGCUUUCAAACCCUGUUACAAAUAGAGAAAUUGUUAGCGAACAGCAUGGAUCCUGACCUGAGCUGGUCGCAAACACACUAUGUUGAUUUUCUCAGGGCGCGCCUCAAAUGUAAUGCUUCACAUUCAAAUGCGAACAUGUUAGUUACGUUGUUUAUACAAUGUAACUGAUUAUAGUGAUUUUUUUAAAUUCCAAUGAAUGAUAUGUAAUGGAAAAAAAAACAGACUGAACAUGGACUGGAAGCUUAUUAACAAGCAUAAGGAGAGAUCGUGUUUGUAUACAACUCUGCUGUAUAUUCUAUUUUUAGAACAGAUAAGACAGUGAUCGGAUGGGCAAACGCCGAACGUCCAUGUUUUUUUUGUUUUUGUUUUUUUUUUUGUAAACAGUGAUGUUUUCUAAGGGCCUAAACUUUCUUAAAACAUAAAUUUUAUCAAUAAUUUUUGGAUCAAUGGAAAUGUUAUAAAACAGGUAAUUUGUUGGUUACUUUUUAUUAUUAUUUCGAAAUAAAAUGGACUGAUAAUAAACGCUUAACUUAGUGUUUCACCAAAAGUUUGAAAAUCACUACGCCGCUAUUAAAAAUCAAAGCAUAGAAAUGUUUGAUGGUUGCGGGUUUUUGGUAGAUUUAUUUCCUGUUUUAAUGCCAGUCUAUGAAUAUACAUGAAUUAGAAAGAAACACAAAUUUAAUUCGCCUCAUAUCAAAGAUGAACUCUGCCCGAUCAAGCUUGUGAUGUAAACAUGGGCUGGAAUACCUUAUCAUUGAUAGAUCUUACAUAAUCUAAAUGGUCAGUGUAAGUGGAUACAGGUAAUAAGAACAGCAUGUUCAUUGAUAGAUCUUAUAUAAUCUAAAUGGUCAGUGCGAGUGGAUACAGGUUGAAUAAGAACUGCUUGUUCAUUGAAAAUUUAUCCACAUUGUUCAUGAAUGGGACAAUUUUGUGUAGCACAUGAACAUCCUUUGGAUGUAAUUCGGAAUAAAAAAAAAGAUGCUAUGAUUGUCAUAAAUACAGUUUAACUUUGGUAGCGGGAUAAACCCGCAGCCAGUAAAUGUCAUUUGGAACGACUAUUCAUUUAAAAAAUAUAUCUGAAUGCAAAAAUAUGAAAAUUGUAAGUAUUUUAAAACUUUUUUGAAUUUUGAAAAUCCAUAAAUGUGCGAAAAAGUUAUUGAAAAUUAAAAUUUCAGAUCCCAUACACAAAUGAUGUUAAAACAUUUGUUUUGCCCACCGCCAGAUAAACAGAUGUUAAUGCGUCACGGCGAUCUUUCCUAUUCUGUUACAUUCACCACUAUUUCUUCAUUCCCUCCUUUACACAUAAUUAUUGUAUUUUUUUGUAUGGCUCAUGGCCUUAUAGGCUUUGUCUAUCAUACAUUUAAAUUUCAAUGACUUUUCAACCAGAAAUCAUUCAAGUCGUCGAAGAGUUCUAAACAGAUGAAAUCAUUAUUUAAUCACAUAACAUGACACAAAUAAACAUGUAUGAGCUAUGAGCAAGUAAAGUAAGUUUACUAUUAAUAAUAAGCUCACUUUACCAGAUGCUCAAAUAUAAAUAUUACAAAAUUAUUAGUUUAUAGUUGAUUUGAUGUUUGAUUUUGUUAUUUGGUCGAGAACUGUUGUACUUGCCAGAUUAAUGAUUACUUUAUUAACUUAUCUUUACAUUAUUUCUUACAAAACAAGAAACAAUCAUCAUUCGUUAUAAAAUUAUGAUGUGUGCAACAAACGAAAAAAAAU